AUGGCCAGGCCGGGGAGCGCCCGGGAGCCGCCGCUCCUGGCGCUGCUGCCGCCGCUGUUGGUGCUGGUGCAAGCGGGCGCGGCGGGCGCGGCGGGCUCGGUGCGCCUGGCAGGCGGCCUCACGCUGGGCGGCCUGUUCCCGGUGCACGCGCGGGGCGCUGCGGGCAGGGCGUGCGGGCAGCUGAAGAAGGAGCAGGGCGUGCACCGGCUGGAGGCCAUGCUGUACGCGCUGGACCGCGUGAACGCCGACCCUGAGCUGCUGCCCGGCGUGCGCCUGGGCGCGCGGCUGCUCGACACCUGCUCACGGGACACGUACGCGCUGGAGCAGGCGCUGACCUUCGUGCAGGCGCUGAUCCAGGGCCGCGGCGACGGCGACGAGGGGGCAGUGCGCUGCCCCGGAGGCGUCCCUCCGCUGCGCGCCGCGCCCCCCGAGCGGGUCGUGGCUGUCGUCGGCGCGUCGGCCAGCUCCGUCUCCAUCAUGGUCGCCAAUGUGCUGCGCCUGUUUGCGAUACCCCAGAUCAGCUACGCGUCCACAGCCCCUGAGCUCAGCGACUCCACACGCUAUGACUUCUUCUCCCGAGUUGUGCCACCUGACUCGUACCAGGCCCAGGCCAUGGUGGACAUCGUGAGGGCGCUGGGAUGGAACUACGUGUCCACACUGGCCUCCGAGGGCAACUAUGGCGAGAGUGGGGUUGAGGCCUUUGUGCAGAUCUCCCGGGAGGCUGGGGGGGUCUGUAUUGCCCAGUCCAUCAAGAUUCCCAGGGAACCAAAGCCAGGAGAAUUCAACAAGGUGAUCAAGAGACUAAUGGAGACGCCCAAUGCCCGGGGCAUCAUCAUCUUUGCCAACGAGGAUGACAUCAGGAGGGUACUGGAGGCCGCACGCCAGGCCAACCUGACGGGUCACUUCCUAUGGGUCGGCUCUGACAGCUGGGGAGCCAAGACCUCACCCAUCCUGAACCUGGAGGAUGUGGCCGUGGGGGCCAUCACCAUCCUGCCCAAAAGGGCUUCCAUAGAUGGAUUUGACCAGUACUUCAUGACCCGCUCCCUGGAGAACAACCGCCGGAACAUCUGGUUUGCCGAGUUCUGGGAAGAGAAUUUCAACUGCAAACUGAUCAGCUCAGGUACCCAGUCAGACGACUCCGCCCGCAAAUGCACAGGUGAGGAACGCAUCGGCCGGGACUCUACCUACGAGCAGGAGGGGAAGGUGCAGUUUGUGAUCGAUGCUGUCUACGCCAUUGCCCACGCCCUCCACAGCAUGCACCAGGCACUCUGCCCGGGGCUCACGGGCCUGUGCCCCGCGAUGGAGACCACCGAUGGGCGGAUGCUGCUGCAGUAUAUUCGAGCUGUCCGCUUCAAUGGCAGCGCGGGGACCCCGGUGAUGUUCAAUGAGAACGGGGAUGCGCCCGGGCGCUAUGACAUCUUCCAGUACCAGGCGGCCAACGGCAGUGCGGGCAGCGGCGGCUACCAGGCCGUGGGCCAGUGGGCAGAGACUCUCAGGCUGGACGUGGAAGCUCUCCAGUGGUCGGGAGACCCCCGCGAAGUGCCUGCGUCCCAGUGCAGCCUCCCCUGUGGGCCCGGUGAGCGGAAAAAGAUGGUGAAGGGAGUCCCCUGCUGCUGGCACUGUGAGGCCUGUGACGGGUACCGCUUCCAGGUGGACGAGUUCACGUGCGAGGCCUGCCCCGGGGACAUGCGGCCCACGCGCAACCACACGGGCUGCCGCCCCACGCCCGUCGUGCGCCUGACCUGGUCCUCGCCCUGGGCCGCGCCGCCACUCCUGCUGGCCGUGCUGGGCAGCAUGGCCACCACCACCGUGGUGGCCACCUUUGUUCGGCACAACGACACGCCGAUCGUCCGCGCCUCGGGCCGCGAGCUCAGUUAUGUGCUGCUCACCGGCAUCUUCCUCAUCUACGCCAUCACCUUCCUCAUGGUGGCCGAGCCCGGCGCGGCAGUGUGCGCCGGCCGCAGGCUCUUCCUCGGCCUGGGCACCACGCUCAGCUACUCGGCCUUGCUCACCAAGACCAACCGCAUCUACCGCAUCUUCGAGCAGGGGAAGCGCUCCGUCACGCCGCCGCCCUUCAUCAGCCCCACCUCGCAGCUCGUCAUCACCUUCAGCCUCACCUCCGUGCAGGUGGUGGGAGUAAUGGCAUGGCUGGGGGCCCAGCCCCCACACAGCGUGAUUGACUACGAAGAGCAACGGACCGUGGACCCAGAGCAGGCCAGAGGGGUGCUCAAGUGCGACAUGUCGGAUCUGUCCCUCAUCGGCUGCCUGGGCUACAGCCUCCUACUCAUGGUCACAUGCACAGUGUAUGCCAUCAAGGCUCGCGGUGUGCCCGAGACCUUCAAUGAGGCCAAGCCCAUCGGCUUUACCAUGUACACCACCUGCAUCAUCUGGCUAGCUUUUGUGCCUAUCUUCUUUGGUACCGCCCAGUCAGCUGAGAAGAUCUACAUCCAAACCACCACACUGACUGUGUCCUUGAGCCUGAGUGCAUCGGUGUCCCUCGGCAUGCUCUAUGUGCCCAAGACCUACGUCAUCCUGUUCCACCCGGAGCAGAAUGUGCAGAAGCGGAAGCGAAGCCUCAAGGCGACCUCCACAGUGGCAGCCCCACCCAAGGGCGAGGACACGGAGGCCCCCAAGUAG